AUGCAUCAAGAUCUAAUUAUGUUUUCUGCUAGAAUCGAUUCACAACAAAGGUCAGGCGGGACCAAUGAUUCAACCGUUGGUGUUGGUGGUGGUGGUGGCGGUGGUGGUACGAAUAUAUUUCAUGCUGAAAUUGAAACAGAUGGCGGUCGAUUUAAGUAUCAAGAUGGUGAAGUAUAUCUGCUGCAGAACCAACGUAAACCGAUCGAUUUUUUCUUUACACCAUUUCCACAUAUUGAACCGAAUUUAACUGAAUGCAGUUUGAAUGAAUUCAGUGGUCAUAAUGAACUAACUUUGUCAGUUUCACUUUAUACUCCGAAUUUGAUUAAUUCGAUUGGAGAUCAUCUUAAGCAACAUUAUAAUAUUUGUCGUAUUCAACAUUGUGACGUUUCGCCGCUACCAAUGCAUUCAAUUCGUCUGUUUCAAAAAGGACUCCGAACUAAUGACACACAAAGUAAAUACACAUUGGAUAAGGAAUGGCAGAGCAAUACACAACUUCGACAGACAGUUGAAUUAAUUAUCUAUACAUCGACUAUGUCCGUCUGUGAAAGCGCCAGAACAUCGUUAACAUCACGUUGUCGUCUACCAAAUUUUGAUAUACGUUAUUCAUUGCAUGCGCAACAAACAGCGACUCGUCAACUUGGAAUUAACACUGAACACAUCACUAGUACGACGAUGUAUAAUCAAAUAUGUUCACAAUUUCCUUCUAAUCAAGACUUGAUUGCUUUAACUGGAAAUGACUAUAAAAACCUACUGAUGGAAGCUACAGAUAGUAUUACAAUGAGUUUACGUGUUGAAGAAGGUUAUGAAAGUUUACAAGAUUCAGUUGCCAUUGAUAAAAUAAUUGAUCGUCAACUUCAGUAUAAACAAGUUCAAUUGAAAUCAGUCAAUGAUCACCUUUGGGAUUCGCUCUAUUGA